UUGCUGCCCGUGGGUUCCUUGGCUGCAGGAAUGCUGAGCCAGAGCCCGGGCAGUGCGAGCGUCAUCCCUGCAGGAUGUGUCCCCGGGACAGAGCCCGGCAUCGGGAGAGUUAAAUCCGGGGGGAGUGAGGGAGUGCCUCUGGGACACCCCUCACAGGGACAUCGGCAGCUGAGCGAAGCCAUGGCACCCAAGAAAGCCAAGAAGAGGAUUGAAGGUGCCAAUUCCAAUGUUUUCUCCAUGUUUGAGCAGGCGCAGAUCCAGGAAUUCAAAGAGGCGUUCACCAUCAUGGAUCAGAACCGGGACGGCUUCAUCGACAAGGCAGAUCUGAGAGACACCUUUGCUGCCCUUGGUGAGCCCAGCUUUAGCAGCCUCCCCUCCCCAGCUUUGCCAACACCAGGCCUGCCCCCAACACGCAGAGCAGGACUUGGAUCCACGACUGACCCACAGCUGCUCUCCCCAGGGCGCCUGAAUGUGAAGAACGAGGAGAUCGAUGAGAUGAUAAAGGAGGCACCGGGCCCCAUCAACUUCACCGUGUUCCUCACCAUGUUUGGGGAGAAGCUCAAGGGUGCCGACCCAGAGGAGACAAUCCUGAAUGCAUUCAAGGUGUUUGAUCCAGAGGGGAAAGGCCUGAAAUCUGCCUACAUCAAAGAAAUGCUGAUGACGCAGGGGGAGAGGUUUUCCCAGGAAGAGAUCGAUCAGAUGUUCGCUGCCUUCCCUCCGGACAUGUCUGGCAACCUGGACUACAAGAACCUGGUCCAUGUCAUUACUCAUGGUGAAGAGAAGGACUAGCCCAGGCUCAGGGCUGGGGCUGGCACUGCAAGAUCACCUCUCCCUAGGUCACUCGGGGGUUCCCUUUCCUCUUCCCCUGGAGAGGCAUGUGCCUGGGAAUUUGGCACGGGAAUGGCAUUCACAUUAAAAGGCCUUUUGGCAAGAGGAAACCCA